AGUGAGGGCUCAGUUUGCAGUGAUAGAGCUCAGUUUGCAGUGAUAAAGCUCAGUUUGUAGUGAUAGAGCUCAGUGUGCAGUGAUAACUCAGUGUGCAGUGAUAUAUCUCAGUUUGUAGUGAUAGAGCUCAGUUUGUAGUGAUAGAGCUCAGUUUGCAGUGAGGGCGGGCUGAGUCAACCUGCCACUCCCCGCUCAGGCCUUCACGGGAGCGCGCCUCCAGCUCCGCUCCUGCGCGCUGCUGGCUGUCACGCUUUACUACCAACAGGCACAGAGGUAUUCCAGAGAGGAAGUCACUGAGAUUUAGGGAAACGGACAACAACUCCAACAACAACAACAGUCCCGAGUAGUACGAGUAAUAACUCCUCAUUUAGGAACAGCAGAAAACCAGCUUACUUUGUGAGUAUGGACUAGAGAGCCGCCGGGUCGCAGCAGCAGAUGGAGGCGGCGAGAAGUUUGGUGUUCGUCGGGGCCGUGUUGCUCGGAGUGACGGGCUCGUUGGGCAGAGAAGCGUGCCUGGGUACCGACAUGAAGCUGACCCUGCCCUCCAGCCUGGAAAAUCACUAUGAGACCCUGAAGCUGCUCUACACCGACUGCCAGGUCGUCCACGGCAAUCUGGAGAUCACACACCUUCAUGGAAUCCCUGACCUCUCCUUCCUACAGGGGAUCGUGGAGGUACAAGGCUAUGUACUCGUAGCUAAUGUGUCAGUGCCUCUGGUGCCUCUGGACAACCUUCGGAUCAUAAGAGGCAGCCAGCUGUACUCCGGCUACGCCCUGGCUGUGGAGAAUAACACCCUGGGUGGACAGGGGCUCAAGACACUCCGGCUACGUAGCCUCACAGAGAUCCUGUUGGGUUCGGUGCAAAUUUGGGGGAACCCCCAGCUGUGCUUCCCAGACCCCGAGCACAUCGUUUGGAGGGACAUUUUGGACAAGCAGAACAACGCCACGGUGCACCGAGUGCAGCGUCCGGCUCCUAACUGUCCAAGUUGUUCUUCUGUAUGUGGUAAAAGCUGCUGGGGCGAAACUGCACAGGACUGCCAGACCUUGACCCGUCUUAAAUGUGCGGUUGGCUGUCUGCGGUGUAAAGGUCCCCUUCCCCAUGACUGCUGUCACACGCAGUGUGCUGCUGGAUGCACAGGACCCAAAAACACCGGCUGUCUGGCUUGCCGUCACUUCAACGACAGCGGUGUGUGUAAGGAUAGCUGCCCUCCACCCACUAUCUACGACCCCAUCACCUUUCAGACCAAACCCAACCCCAACAGGAAGUUCAACUUUGGAGCCACCUGCGUCAAGACGUGUCCUUAUAACUAUCUGGCUAUGGAAGUAGCUUGUACUUUGGUUUGUCCCAAUGCCAACCAGGAAGUAAUCGCUGUCGACCCUGAAGGGAACGAGACACAGAAAUGUGAAAAUUGUGAAGGAGGCUGUCCCAAAGUGUGUUAUGGUCUGGGUGUGGACAACCUCGGCGUCAUGGACAACCAUGGUGUCACCAUGGUAACAUCUACCAAUGUGGAGCAGUUCAACAAGUGUAAGAAGAUUUUUGGCAGUCUGGCCUUCCUCCCUCAGAGCUUUGAAAGGGACCCUUUGAGCAACACAUCAGGGCUGACCCUCGAGCAGCUGAGCAACUUCAAGAAACUCGAGGAGAUUACAGGUUAUUUGUACAUCGAUGCCUGGCCAGAAGAGUGGACUAACCUGAGUGUGUUUGAGAACCUGAAGGUGAUCAGAGGCAGGAUGCUCUACAAGGGUGUGUUUUCACUGGCCAUCCAGAAUCUACACAUCCGCUCUCUUGGGUUGCGUUCACUACGCAGCGUCAGUGGAGGUUUGGUCCUGUUGCACAACAAUUCCCAGCUGUGCUACACCAGUUCACUGCCCUGGGGCAUUCUCCUCCAUCCCACCCAGGGACCCCACCGCAUUGUCAGCCAGAACCAGGACGCCCAACUCUGUGAGCUAGAGGGGCGUGUUUGUGACCCGCAGUGCGAGGGGGGCUGCUGGGGCCCGGGGCCCGGUCAGUGUGUGUCCUGCAAGGCUUUGCAACGUGGAACUGAGUGUGUUGAGCAGUGUGACAUCUAUCAGGGGUCUAUCCGUGAAUACAUAGAUGGAUCUUUGUGUGUUGCCUGUCACGAGGAGUGUCAAACUCUCAAUGGCUCUGCCUCCUGUCACGGUCCGGGUGCAGAACAUUGUUCAGAGUGUCAAAACGUCCAGGACGGUGAGUUUUGUGCGGAUCAUUGUCCCAGCGGUGGGAAAGGGGAUCAGCAGACUGUGUGGAAGUACGAAAACGCUACACGACACUGUCUGCCAUGCAACAACUGCACGCUGUCCUGCACUGCGGUGGAUGAACGAGGCUGCCCCAUGGAUACCAGGACAGGACCGGGUACAACCAUCGCAGCUGCAGUGGGUGGAGUGGUGCUCUUCUUCAUCCUGCUGGCUCUGAUGGUUUUCUACCUGAGGAGACAGAAGACGCUGAGGAGGAAGGAGACGAUGAGGAGGAUCCUGCAGGAACACGAGCUGGUGGAGCCGCUAACACCCAGCGGUGCGUCACCCAAUCAGGCUCAGAUGCGUAUCCUGAAGGAGACUGAGUUGAAAAAACUCAGGGUGCUGGGUGCAGGGGCCUUCGGUACUGUUUACAAGGGAGUGUGGGCUCCUGACGGGGAAAAUGGGAAAAUACCAGUGGCCAUUAAGGUGUUACGAGAGAACACGUCUCCAAAGGCCAAUAAAGAGAUCCUUGAUGAGGCCUAUGUGAUGGCAGGAGUGGCCAGCCCCUUUGUGUGCCGUCUGCUGGGGAUUUGUCUGACCUCCACAGUGCAGCUGGUCACUCAGCUGAUGCCGUACGGCUGCCUCCUCGACUACGUCAGGGAGAACAAGGACCGCAUCGGCUCCCAGUUCCUCCUCAACUGGUGUGUCCAGAUCGCCAAGGGGAUGAGUUAUCUGGAGGAAGUCCGGCUGGUCCACAGAGAUUUGGCCGCCCGCAAUGUUCUGGUCAAGAACCCAAACCACGUGAAGAUCACCGACUUCGGUCUGGCCCGUCUGCUCGAUAUAGACGAGACUGAAUAUCACGCUGAUGGAGGGAAGGUGCCGAUUAAAUGGAUGGCCUUGGAGUCUAUUCUGCACAGGAAGUUCACUCAUCAGAGUGACGUCUGGAGCUACGGUGUGACGGUCUGGGAGCUGAUGACGUUUGGUGCUAAACCCUACGACAUGAUCCCAGCGAGAGAAAUCCCAGAGGUUUUAGAGGGAGGAGAACGGCUUCCCCAGCCGCUCAUCUGCACCAUCGACGUCUACAGGAUCAUGGUCCGCUGUUGGAUAAAUGACCCAGACAGCAGGCCGAGGUUCAAAGAUCUGGUGACUAAAUUUAGCGCCAUGGCCAGAGAUCCACCUCACUAUGUAGUCAUUCAGAAUGAUGAGCAGAUGAGCAUGUCCAGCCCAGUGGACAGCCAGUUCUUCCGGAUGCUUCUGGAGGAGGAAGGGAACAACAUGAGGGAACUGCUGGAUGCUGAGGAGUAUCUGGUGCCUCAGCCAAACCACUUCCCCAGGGUUCAAGGAGACGGGGUUCAAGCCAACGGGUCGUCCAGACAUCAGUCGUACAGGCAGAGCCGAGAUCAGGGCUUAGACAUUGAGCCCUCCGUCGGCGGCGGCCCUCGAAGCAUGUACUCCUCCCUGAGCACACUUGGCCGCAGCCAGUACCCCACCUUACCUUUAGGAGCCAGCACCUCUAACGGCAUAUGGGUCCCUCAGUACCCAACGCUGACUCGCAGCCCCUCGGCCGGGGGCCAGUCUGACUCUGUGUUCCUGGACGGGUCUCCAGACGACCCCUCGCUGCCCCCGGCCAGCCCCGGACGCUACAGCAAAGACCCCACCUACUCCAACGGGAGCCAGGGCGACCUGGAGACAGACGGGCCAAAUGGCUAUCAUCAUCCUCAUCCCCCUCAUCACUCAUUGCCCAGACGGAGUCAUGGGUAUAUUCAAAAUCACCCCUUGCCAGAGUACAUCAACCAGGAGAUCCAGGAUCUCAGGCCGGGGAUCCCCGAGCGGCCCACCACACUGCCUCGUAAAGGCAGAGCAGUACGGCGCCUCCCUAACGGCCUGAGCUCCGGUCACAGCGUGGAAAACCCGGAAUACUUGGUCCACGCGGGUGCCGGAGCCACCACCGCAACCUCUCCAGCCUUCGACAACCCGUACUACCUGGACCUUGUGGCCAAAGCCAACGCUGUAGCCGGGGCUGCGGCAGUGGAUGGCCCCGAGGCACCGGAGAGAGCGCCGAGGCACGUGAACGGGUUUGUGACCUCCACGGCAGAGAAUCCAGAGUAUCUGGGACUGGCGGACACCUGGAGUGGAUAUACUUGAGGAGAGUAAUGUGAUGAACUCGAGAGGAGUCACAGUUUGUGUUCUACUGAGGGAAACGAUGAGCGAGGGAAAGGGAAGAUGAAUAUUUGUGUGACAGAAACGAGCUGGCGUGUGAUUGAUACUGGGAAUAGUACGUGCACGUGGAACAAAUUCAAAUCGGUCGAUGUUGUCCCGCAAAAGUCGCCAAAUCACACCCAGUUGUGACACAGCCCAACUCAACAAAGUGUAGCAUCUAAUCUGGUGUCUGGCAUCAUUUGUAUUCCCGUCGUCCUCUCAGCAAUCUGUGCUCUCAGUGUGACUGUUAAGUGCCAAAAAACGAAGUCCAGUCAGCCUCUGUAUAUAACUCAGUUCUUCAUAAGCAAAGGAGUUCACAUUUUGUCAAAACACAACAUGGUACGAGAAGGGUCUGAUUAUCACAGAAUCCAACAUUUGACUGGAUUAAUGAAUGCUGAUUUUUUUUUUUUUAAACGUGUUUAAUGUCUGGUUGUUUCUAUUUGUGGAGCAUUUUUUGUAUUUCCCCGAGUUCCCUCAUGCUAUAUGUUGUUCCAUAUGCUACUCAGCCCGGCCAAAAUGAGAGAAAAUAACAUAUACUUUGACAAAGUGGGCCGUGAUACGCAUUGAAGGCGGUGUUUAGUAUUCUGGUCACUUUGUCUCUGACCUGAUGGGGGUCUUCAACACACUCAAAGCCAUUUUGUUUUGGCCAGAGAAGUCCCAGCAGCCCAUCUGGCCAGUAAACAUGCUCCCUGAAAGAAAGGCAUCCUGUAUGGAGAAGACAGAGGCAUUGUGCCACACUGAUGUAUGUGGUCGUUAGUGUCUUGGCUGCAGCGACUUUGUGGUACGACAGAUAAGAAACGAGGUACUAGCAGACGUUUUAAGCUGCAAAAUUCUCAAAAAUGUUUUUGUUUAAAAGACAAAGUGCACUUGUAACUAAGUUAGAGCCGCGUUUUCAGGGAUUUUGCAAAUACUUAGGGAAGAUUAUGUGCAUUUUUUAUCAUGCACAAUGUACUACAAUGGUAGGAUACUGUCCCCCAGGCUUGUGUUAUCACAACAAGCCUUUUGGUUUUGGUGGCCUUUCACUGUGCAAGAAAGAACUACAAGCUAUUGGUGAGUAUAUUCCACAAGAAGUGAAGAAUUUGCAUGUAUGUAUACAUGUUUGUUACCCUACAUGGAACAGAAAAGCAGCUGUGCAUUUUUGUGUAAAAACGAGCAAUGCACUCGACAAUAGAGAGAGAAACGUCGCUCCGCUCGGUUUGGAUAAUCAAUGCAUGGCUCAAAUUCCACUCAGCGAGAACACACUGGCAUCCCAGUUAAUAAUCAACAGCAUUUUUUUUUUUUUUUUUGAAGAGUGCUUUUUUCAUGUUAACUGGUGUUGGGGCUGGGGGAGGUCAAAACCGAGUCAAAGGAGCCAUUGUUUGACGCUCAUGUCAAUGUUGGAAAGUCAGCGCUCGCCCAACUCGCACGUCCCAACGACUGAUGUUGUCUCAGCUUUGAAAAGAGAGAAAUAGAGUUUCCUUCUGUAGAGGUUUGGAGCUCGGCCGCAGAACGUGGCUCAAUGUUUAGAGCUCGAAAUCCUGAAACAAGUCUUGAAACAAUUGAACCUCCGUCAACACAUCAGUUCUACUCUGAAAGUCUUUUAUCUUGAUGUUCUCAUACGGGUUUUGAAGAGUUUUGUUCCAGAAUAAGAAUCCCUAAAAAUGAAACCUGAUUUUAUAUACAUAACAAUUUCUUACAUAAAAAUAACAUGUUUUUAUAAAAACAUAAGAUUUUAUUUUAAUACCCUCAACUAUCAUAUACUAACAUUAUUUCGAAUGGAAUUAUUAUUGAGUGAUAAUAUUCACAUAAUUGUUUUUUUAGUAUAUAAUGUAUAUUAAAUAGUGUUUUUGGAAUGAAACCCUUCAUAUGUAUUGUUGUUGUCAGGUGAAGACCUCAUAUCUCCACAUAAAAAAUAAAUAAGCAGACUUUAGAUUGAUUAAAUUUAAAGGUGCACCCACAGACUUUUAUUAUAUUACCCAAUAUCACCAUUUAAUCUUUAAAACUUUCAGAGGUUACAUUUUAAAAUAUCAACCGUAAGGUGUGAAGAAAUAUGGAGGUGCUGGGUGUUCUAAAAAAGAAAUCGAGUACCUACUAGGGCUGUCCUUGACCAAAGAAAUUCUUAGUCGACUAAGGACCCAAACACACCUUUGAGUCGCCUCACGUAGCCAAAAAGUUGCAAGCGAACACACCGCAAAGACUACAGCCGACGGCCAACUACCACGUACGUUCUGCACCUGCAUGAUAUGAAAUAACUGUCCCUACCAGCAGGUGGCGGUAGUCUGUAUUCAUCAUUCAAAAAGGGAAACCGGAAGACCGAGGAUGGUGGAUAUACAAGCCGUUGUUAUGUUAGUACAUGAAACAAAGCGGCGUUUGACGACCGUUCUCCCACCACUCUCACUCACCACUUAACUUUGUUCCAGAUGGCCAUGUCGCUGUGAAAAUAUCCAUGUUUUGGAACGAUCAGAUGAGAUAAAGAUGAAAAAUGCCUUCUGUGUUUUUCCCUCUUGACUGUACUCUUGCUUUCCACACGUCCAUUUCUAUUCUCAUGCAUUGAUUCGUUUAAGCUGAACAGCCAAUCGGAGUGAUUUCUCUCACCGCCGGGCGCCGCCGCUGGUUCAACACGCUGAAUCGGCCGGAAAAAGUCAGACAGAAUAGAGCUGACGAUGUGGGACACACCGAAAAAAAUAGGCCGACAGACGCUCACAGACGGCCCCAAACUGUCCGACGACCGACCGACGGCUUGGUGUGUCGGGGCCUAAAGACUCGUACGAUUUUGUCGACUAAUCAAUUCGACUUAAUGGACUGAUCUAUAAAACUGAGUUUCUCCACAAAGAAUCACACAAAAGCAGCACUUUAAAUCGUGUGCUUACCAGAGAUGUGCUCAUAAGAUUCCCGGAAAUUAGUCAUUCAGCAUGAAAAAAGCUGAAAAAAAACGACCGAUUAGUGGUUUAAUGGAUUAACAGGUUGCAGCUCCAGUGCCUACAAACAUCCCUCUGCUGGAGAUACAAGGUUUUCACUGGAUCAUAACAAUGUUAAAGCACAGCUCACAGAUGUUCCCGCUUCCUUAUGAAUGUGAUAUUCUUCCAGGAGACCUUAUAUACAAUCACUAUUAAUGUACUGGUGUUUACACUGUAGUGUCUUUUUGUAUAAAAUGUUCAUUUUAGAUGUGUCAUGACCCAGGACUCUCACAGAUAAUGAUGCUGUCCUCCUUUAAACCACACGUGUCCUUUUUCCCGUUUAUUUUUAUAUAAAACCGUUCAGUUGAACUAAAAUCAGCUCAGAGCCUGAGGACUGGCACGGUGACUUGUUGGUUUAUGGUUUAAAUCUAACUGCCUUUCUCCCUGUUGAAGUGUUCUUGGGCAAAAUGCUAAAUCAUGAUCUGAUUUGAAUUAGCUAAAAUGUCGAAAAAGUAAAUGGUUGUUGGUCUCUUUUUAAAUUUUGAGAUUAAGCAGGAGCGCAAGCUGAAUGAAAAUGAGGCCUGUGACUGUUAAACCUCUACAAAAGUGUGUUUAAAAAGUCUCAUCCAAGGAAGGAACAGUCAACUAACGAGAGUGUUCUGAAGGUUUUAUAAAAUUAAAUAUCUGUAAUUUACAUUUUGAACAAAAUGUAUCUUUUGUACUUUACAUGUGAAUAUUUUUUUUUUUUUUACCUUUCACAGUUUUGUGUGAUUGUGACAGAACAUGAAUAAUAAUAAUUUUUUUGGGAGUUUGUUUUUUUAAUGCAUCUUUUCUUAUUUGGUCAGUAAGUCCCAUAAUGUAAAUGUGUAGUAUAUAUAUAAAUAAAUAAAAACAAUCACUUUGGUAGCUAAUUUGAUUGAAUGCAUUGUGACCAGUCGCUCUACUGUGGAGGGAGUAAAUACGUAAGAAAAUAUUUUAUGAAGAAAUGGUCAUUUUAUAUGGAAUUGUUUGCAUACGUUGUGUGUGUCAUUAAAAGCUUAUAAAACACUU